CCGCGAGUCGAAUAUAUUUUUGGAAUGGUAGGUGAGCCUCUAAACAUGUCACAACAUAGUAUUAUAUAAGGCAAGGUGAGGAACCCAAUGAAUCUUCAUCCAAAAGCAAGCAAUGGCAAGUGUGUGCAAUAGUACUACAACCCUCAAAACUCCUUUUACUUCCUCCACUUCUUCUUUAGCUUCCACUCCUAAGCCUGGUCAACUUUUCCUCCAUGGAAAACGUAACCAAACCUUCAAAGUCUCAUGCAAGGUCUCUAACAGUGACCAAAACCAAAAUGUUGAGACAAAUUCUGUUGAUAGGAGAAAUGUGCUCCUUGGUUUAGGAGGUCUCUAUGGUGUUGCUAAUGCUAUACCAUUAGCAUCAGCUACUCCUAUACCAUCCCCUGAUCUCAAAUCUUGUGGUAGAGCCAUCAUAUCAGAUGGUCCACCGGUACCCUACAGUUGUUGCCCUCCUAAACCGGAUGAUCUAGACAAAGUUCCAUAUUACAGGAUCCCUUCCACGAGUAAGCUCCGUGUCCGACAACCUGCUCAUGCUGUUGAUGAGGAGUAUAUUGCCAAGUACAAUUUGGCCAUUAGCAAAAUGAGAGAACUUGAUAAAACAGAUCCUUCAAACCCACUUGGAUUUAAGCAACAGGCCAAUAUCCAUUGUGCUUAUUGCAAUGGUGCUUACAUAAUUGGUGGCAAAGAGUUACAAGUUCAUAACUCGUGGCUUUUCUUCCCGUUCCAUAGGUGGUACUUGUACUUCUACGAGAGAAUCUUGGGAACCCUCAUCGAUGAUCCCACUUUCGCUUUGCCAUAUUGGAACUGGGACCAUCCAAAGGGCAUGCGCUUGCCUCCCAUGUUCAGUCGUAAAGGGACUGCCCUUUAUGACGAAAGGAGAAAUCAGACAGCUAUCGCUAACGGAGCCGUAAUGGAUCUUGGUUCUUACGGCGAUGAGGUCCAAACAACCGAACUCCAGAAGAUGACUAAUAACUUAACUCUAAUGUACCGUCAAAUGGUAACUAAUGCUCCAUGCCCUCUUUUGUUCUUUGGUGCUCCCUACGUUCUCGGGAAUAAUGUCGAAGCACCAGGAACCAUUGAAAACAUUCCUCACAUUCCUGUCCACAUUUGGGUUGGUACAGUGCGAGGUUCAACUUUGCCUGGUGGUGGAACGUCAUACGGUGAGGAUAUGGGUAAUUUCUACUCAGCUGGUUUGGACCCGGUUUUCUAUUGUCACCACGGCAAUGUGGACCGUAUGUGGAAUGAAUGGAAAGCAAUAGGAGGGAAAAGAAGGGAUCUGUCGCAGAAAGACUGGCUGAACUCGGAGUUCUUUUUCUAUGAUGAACACAAAAACCCUUACCGUGUGAAAGUCCGAGAUUGUUUGGACACUAAGACCAUGGGGUAUGAUUUCGCACCAAUGCCCACCCCAUGGCGCAACUUCAAGCCAAAAAGAAAGACCACAUCAGGGAAAGUGAAUACAGCUGCACUUCCGCCAGCAAGCCAGGUAUUCCCACUCGCAAAGAUGGACAAAAACAUUUCAUUUUCCAUCGACAGGCCGGCUACGUCAAGGACUCAACAGGAUAAAAAUGAACAAGAGGAGAUGCUAACGUUCACUGGCAUAAAAUACGACAACAGACAGUACAUUAGGUUCGAUGUGUACCUGAACAUUGACAAGAAUGUGAAUCCGGACGAGCUUGACAAGGCAGAGUUCGCGGGGAGCUAUACUAGCUUGCCACAUGUUCACAGAGCUAAUGAGACUGAGCAUACCGCGAAUGUUACUUUCCAGCUGGCAAUUACUGAACUACUGGAAGACAUGAGUUUGGAAGAUGAAAAGACUAUUGCGGUGACUCUGGUCCCAAGGAAAGGUGGCGAAGGUAUCUCUGUCGAAGGUGUGAAGAUCGAUCUUGCAGCUUGUUAAGUCCUGUUUGGGGAGAAUUGGUCUCUAUUGAAUCUGCUGAGAUUACACUUGAAGCUUGUUGAUGUGUGAUGCUUUGACGUUCCUGUUUCCUUAUUCUGUUCUUCUUUUGGCUUUUCCAUGUUACUUUUCAUGUUGAAAUCAGCUUGGAGCUUGAUGUCCUUCCAGUUGAUAUUCACGAAUAAAUCAGUAACAGCUUCUGUGUUACUAUUUCUCUCUA